GACGACGAGCCAGCAACAGAAGGCCGCAAAGGUAGUAUUAUUUUAGGUAAAUCUGCUGUCCAAAUUGAACUAUAUCAAUCAUAAAGAUGGACAGUUUGGAUAAUGAAGGUUCCUCUUCAUCGAGUAAAAGUGAGAUGCAGAAGGAAGAAAGCAGUGAUAGAAGCACACCAGAGAGUAGAGAUAAUGAUGAUGUUGAGGAUAAUAACUCCAACAGCAACUCAAGCUCCGGUGCUGGCUUGGAAGCUGAUGCGAAGUCUUGUGAAGGAGGCCAGAAACAGGCAGAUCAUAAGAGUUCAGACAUUAAACAGGCAAAAGAAAAAGGCAUCUUUGAUGUUAAUGCAGAGCCUAUUGAAAUUGAAGACGAUCCUGUUGAACCUGUCGAAUUUGACUUGGACCAGGUUGCACCCCCAACAGUUGAAGAUGUUGACAUUUCGAAUGUGGAGAUCAAGACAAUAGAGCCAGAUGAUGACGAUCUGUUUGCUUUUCUCAACAACACUGAUGAAGAUCUGGUUGGUGAACCGAUGCUGGGGCCUGGGGAACACGUUGCCAUGACUGAAGAGGAGAUCAAGCAGAAGGAGUUGUACAGGUACCUGACCAACAGUGACCCAACCAAACUGAGGUCAUGUGAGGUGACCCCUGCCCCUACCCCCGCCCACUCCAGUGAUGACAGCUCCGGGGAGUCGGGAUCCGAGUCAGGCUCCACAGAACAUUUGGAAUCCAGUGAGGAAGAAGAGGAGGAAGAGGUUGUGGAAAAUGACAGGUCCCCAGAGCUGAAUGCAAGUGAGAGUGACAGUAUCACCCCGGAGAAGAAGAAGAGGGGCUUCACAGAGGAUAGGAAACUAGAGAUUAUGAAGUAUGCCGUCAGUAUGGGCACAAACAAGGCAUCACAGCUGUACAAGGUGGGGAGAUCGACCAUCAACAACUGGCUUAACAGCAGUCACCUGUGUCCUAAAGGCGGUCUUAAACUUGGCCGGCCACUGUCUUACCCACGCGACCUGGAAUAUAAACUCAGAGACAUUGUGUUAAAGAAGCUUGAGAGCGGUGAAGAAGUGACCACGGAUGAUUUACGGUCCUAUGGUAAAACUGUGAUACAAGAAGUGUCCCCUGACUUCAAGGCGAGCAGAUCGUGGCUGAUAGCGUUUAUUCGGAGACACAACUUGUGGUUUAAUGGGCGAUAUAUCCGGUUGAAGACAGUGGGUGGGGAGCAGGGGCUUGAGUCUGGGGAAGAGAGUGGUAGUGGGGGAGAGGACCAUCUAGAAAGCGAAUCAGUAAAAUCAAGACAGACACCAACUUUAAAAUCCAGAAAUUUAAAGAAGGCCAGGAAAUUGCGCUUAGAACCGGGGGAACUGUCGUCAAAGACAAAAGAUAGACUUGAAAAGUCAAAGGUAGUCACAGACAAGUGGCUUAAGGACCUGGAAAUGCCAAAGCAGUUAUUGUUUGAUGAGCCAAUAAAGUUUGACAUAUUGGAAUUGAACAAGUACCUGACGUGUGGACUAUGUAAGGGUUACUUGUAUGAAGCUUCAACCAUCACAGAGUGUAUGCAUACAUUCUGCAAAAACUGUAUAGUGCGCCACUGUAUGGAGGUUAGCCUACACUGUCCUGUCUGCAACAUCCUCAUCCACCCCACAGACCCUUUCGUACACAUCAGAUUGGACAGAAUGAUACAAGAUAUUGUCUACAAGAUACUGCCUAAUAUUGCUGAAACUGAAAUGAAGCAUAUAGAAGAGUUUUACGAGGCCCAUCCAGAGGUCGAACCCAAAGAGAUCCAGGAACCUCCACCAAAGCCGAAGAUUUCACCACGGGAGAAGGAGCUGAGGAAACCCACACCUGCCCUAGUGUCACUGAUACUGGAGGCAGAGGAAGAGGAACCCCAAGCUUCGCAGCUGGAGAAGCGAUAUGUCCGCGUGACAAGUACCGCCUCAUUGGACAAUGUGUGUAACUUCCUCAAGACUAAGCUGGAACUCAACGAUGAAAAGGAGGUUGAGCUAUUUUGCUGUGGUGAUAUGGUAGAGCUGGGAACGCUACAGGACAUCAAGGACAAGUUCUACACCGAAGAGGACAACUUGCUGUUACUUCAGUACAGGGUGAGGGAUAUAUGACACGAAUGUGAUUAUCAGAGAAGAGAUUAUGUGUUCAAAUAUACCUGCAGGCAGUCAAGUGUUCCAUUGGCCUUCCAUGUCUCAAGAAUGAAUUCAUUUUGCAGUUAUGUUUUGACAAGAUGUUAGACAUCAGUUGAGAGUGAUUCUGUGUUCAAAGUUGCUUCUGCUAGACUAGAGUUUCAGUGUACGCAAAAACAUUACUGAAAGCUGUUAGUAAACACAACAUGUAUAUUGUACUCUGCCCACAGGAUACUCAUGUGUUCAUGUGAUAGCGACAUGUACUUAAGCUCACAGGAAACUUGGUGUUCAUGUGAUACUUAAAUGUAAUGUGGCCCACAUGCUACUUGGAGUGGUCAUGUGAUACUUGCAUGUACUUUGGCCCACAGGAUACUUGGAGUGGUCAUGUGAUACUUGCAUGUACUUUGGCCCACAGGAUACUUGGAGUGGUCAUGUGAUACUUGCAUGUACUGUGGCCCACAGGAUACUUGGAGUGGUCAUGUGAUACUUGCAUGUACUUUGGCCCACAGGAUAAUUGGAGUUGUCAUGUGAUACUUCCAUGUACUUUGGUCCAUAGGACACAUGGAUAGUUCAUGUGAUACUUCCAUGUACUGUUGCGGACAGGAUACUUGGAGUGGUCAUGUGAUACUUGCAUGUACUUUGGCCCACAGGAUACUUGGAGUGGUCAUGUGAUACUUGCAUGUACUGUGGCCCACAGGAUACUUGGAGUGGUCAUGUGAUACUUGCAUGUACUGUGGCCCACAGGAUACUUGGAGUGGUCAUGUGAUACUUAAUGUACUUUGGCCCACAUGCUACUUGGUGUUCAUGUGAUAAUUACAUAUGCUUUGGCCAAUGAAGUGUUCAUGUGAUACUAAUAUGUUUGCUGUACUUAUGUUGAUUGUUUUCAUUUUGUUAUCAUCUUAAGAUGUUAGAGGUUUAUAAUUGUAGUUUUAAGAAUUUGAAGAACCUUCAUUAAUUCAGUUUAAACAUUGGUACUAGCCGAUGUAUAGCUUUAUUAUAUGAAAGUAAAUAUGCUACAAGAGUUAACAUUUUGACAUACAGGUGGAUUUUUACUCAAACUUUAUCCGUCGUGAUGUUAAUCUUGUACCAAGACAUGUGUUUGUACCAUAUCUACUAUUUUGUGUUCCAUGAUACUAGAAAUUAUCAGGGAAAUGAAAAUAAAGUGCAUAUGUGUACUGCAUAAAGUCAAACUCAUUUGACUCGAUACCGCUUACCUCGAUUUGUAAAGGACUGAUUUUUUUUACUCUAUGCAUGUAUCUAUGCAUGUAUAUCCUGCUUGGCUCAAUAUUCGCUAGGCUCAAAGUAUUUUGGCCGAUCCCUAGGAGUUUGAGUCAACGGGGUUUGACUGUAUAACACCAUAACAUCGUAAUUUAUUUGAGGGUUUAAUCUCUGACAGAUGCAGCUUUAUUUCAUUAUUAGAUUUAUUUGUCAAGAUCUCAACAAUUGGUCACAACUGUCUUCGUCAUAUAAAAAAACUAUAACGUUUGUUUAAACUGUUACUUAUAUGUUACAGAAAUAUGAAAUAAAUUUCUAAAUCGUU